AUGGAUAUGAUGGAUCAUAUUUCGAAAUUUCCAACGUUUUGAAGAAGUCCAGCAAAAGCAGUGAUUGAGCCCACAAGUUCCGGAGUUCCUGAGACAGCCAUCGGUGGUGCUGCCAUCCAAGACAACACUGACUGUCAUCACGACAGUCCUGACAACAGACUUCACCCAGAUAACAGUUUAGACAUUCCUCGGAACAAUGGCAAUAAACCUUCAAACCAAAGUGACAUGUGAUGUCAUGAUCAGUUACAAUAAAACCAACAUCAGCUUUGUCAAGAAACUGAAAGCCAAAUUUGAAGAGCAGGGAUGGAAGGUAUGGUAUGCUGAUCCAGACCAAGAUCCCAAGCUGAAUAUGAGUAAAAAAGGGGAGGCAAUUCUUAGUUGUAAGGUGUUUGCCAUGGUGAUUGGUGAAGCUACAAUCAGGGACUCUCACUGUCAGGAUGAACUAGCUCUUGCAUAUAUCUCCAAUUCCAACAUAUUCCCGAUUGGUCUCAGCAGAUUUCGGGACAUUAAUCCUCAUCUGGAUGGAGGCAUAAAACUGAUGUUGGCAAAGAUAAACUGGACAUUUUUCUUCAAAGAGGAGAUGUGGGAGAUGAAUAUGCCUGCUCUGUUGGCCUCCAUGAGGGAGUCUUUUGAUCAGGAGGAGCAACCGCAGGACACGACAGCCGAGGAGACAGGAGUGCUGCAAUUCCAUGGAAUGAAUGUAAAUAUCAAUUUCGACAGCAACAAUGGCAAUGAGUCAGAUCAGGAAAGUAGUUCUGAUAGCUCUUCAGACGAGGAGGUAGAAAACACAAGACCCACUACUGCAGCAACCACACGAUCCGUACGAAGUGCAAGGGGCAGACAACUCCGUUAUGACUUCUGGGAUCGCAAUUUCAGAGACAAGUCUGAAGUCCCUUGGACUACUUUCCGUCAGAAAUUUGAAAAUGACUAUAAAGAAAAAAUAUCAGUGAAAUAUUCUGCAGACAAAUUCAAGUUCUUUCUGAACUUGAUGUAUAAGGAUAUUUUCACUUUGAACAAAGUUGUGAAGAGGUCUGUUUAUGAUAACUUUUGUGAGGGAAACCCUGAUGCAGACCCUCACCGAUUCUACAACAGGAUACAACAAUAUGUUGUUGGCUACUACGCCAUGUAUGCCGUUUUCAACAUGACCAGUACAAUGAGACUUACGACGAUACAGAACUUGGGAAAUUUUACCUUCCCUGCUGUUGUGAAGGGCCUCACAGAAAUGUUACAUGACGAUGAUCCUAACAUUCGGGCCGUUGCCACAAUAGCUUUGGCAAAGUCUGCAAAAUCACGGAAAUUGACGGUCGACAAGAUCAUCAGUAAGCUUGAUGAUGAUGACAGACUGGUCAGAGAAAGUGCCUGUCUAGCCCUCGGCUUCCUCAAGGCAGGUGGCAAAAGUGAGACAGCAGUUGCAGAUCGCUGGAGGAAUGACCCGAUCAAGUCUGUGCGAGAAGCAGCAGAGAUUGCCCUUAAGAGGAUGGGGGGUACACUAGCUGACAAGUGUAUGCACGUUACCAACGUUAUUUCCAAGGAGAUGGACAGCCUUCGUAAUCUAGAGACCUAGUUAGCUAAUUACAGUACAAAAUGGUGGAUUGUUAAUUAUCACACUGGAAUCAGACUGACCACUGGAUCUGUGGAUUUUGAGACUGACCACUGGAUCUGUGGAUUUUGAGACUGACCACUGGAUCUGUGGAUUUUGAGACUGACCACUGGAUCUGUGGAUUUUGUGGCUGACUACUGGAUCUGUGGAUUUUGAGACUGACCACUGGAUCUGUGGAUUUUGUGGCUGACCACUGGAUUUGUGGAUUUUGUGGCUGACCACUGGAUCUGUGGAUUUUGUGGCUGACCACUGGAUCUGUGGAUUUUGAGACUGACCACUGGAGCUGUGGAUUUUGAGACUGACCACUGGAUCUGUGGAUUUUGAGACUGACCACUGGAUCUGUGGAUUUUGAGACUGACCACUGGAUCUGUGGAUUUUGAGGCUGACCACUGGAAGUUGAAGUAAAGACUGACCAUUGGAUAGUUUUAUCCACAUCAUAGUGAUUAAGACUUUUCAUAGUGAAUUUCUAACUCUAUUACUAUUUAACUAGACUGACCAUUAGACCUCUGACCCUAUAUUGAUUUAGCUAGACUGAUCGUUGACCUCUGACCCUGUAUUGAUUUACUUAUCAACCAUCAUUGUUAGGCUGAAAUCUUUGAUGUAUAUUGACCAGGAAAAUGAAAUAAUGCUGAUUCAUAUAAAAACUCAAAUUUUUAUGUGAAACUAUAUGUCAUUCUGUCUUGAUGUAUCAGACAUUCCAUUUUGUUUUGAUGUAUUAUCAGAGCUGUCAGUGUUUGUAUACCCAAGAUAACUUUUGCUUUUCCAUAAUUUUUGUUUAGUGAUAAAUUUACUGUAUAAUCAUAAACAUUUGUAUUCAACUUAAAUCUAGGA